GGCGGAGGGGCCGGGCCGGGAGUCCUCACCAAGAUGGAAGAUGGUCGGUGGAGGGGGUGAAGAAGAGCGGCCGGUUGUCGCCUGAUACCGCCAGUUCGAGGCGGGCAGAAGACUUAUUACUCUGCGCCCGUUGAAAUAACAUGGCCUCUGCCCUGGAGGAUCCAAGCUUAGAGCACAACUUUAAAGGUCAUAAAGAUGUGGUCACAAGUGUUGAUUUUAACCCAAACAACAAGCAGCUGGCAACUACCUCAUUUGAUCAGCACCUUAUGAUAUGGAACUUGAAACCUCAGACACGAGCCUACCGAUUUACAGGACACAAGGAUGCUGUAAUGUGUGUCCAGUUCUCUCCGUCAGGUCACCUAGUAGCAUCUGCUUCACGAGAUAAGACUGUUAGACUCUGGACUCCAAAUAUCAAAGGGACAUCAACUGCAUUCACAGCCCACAGUGCCACAGUUCGCAGUGUGAAUUUCUCCAGUGAUGGCAACUUCCUGGUUACAGCAGCUGAUGACAAAUCGGUAAAGGUGUGGAACGCUCAUCAGCAGCGGUUUUUGUUGUCCUUUAAAGAGCACAAUAACUGGGUACGUUGUGCUAGGUUCUCUCCUGAUGGAAGGCUUAUAGUUUCCUGCAGUGAUGACAGAACUGUUAAGAUCUGGGACACAGUGAGCAGAGAAUGUAUCAAUACUUUCACCAAUCAUGGAGGGUUUGCCAACUUUGUAGACUUUAACCCCACUGGUACCUCUGUAGCUUCAGCAGGAACUGAUAAUACUGUACAACUUUGGGAUGUUCGUAUAAACAAACUGUUGCAACAUUAUCAAGUCCACAGUGCUUCAGUGAACUGCUUAUCUUUCCAUCCUUCUGGCAACUACCUUAUUACUGCAUCUAGUGACUGUACUCUCAAGAUAAUGGAUUUGUUGGAAGGACGAUUAUUUUAUACUCUCCAUGGACACCAGGGUCCUGUAAUUGCAGUUACAUUUUCUAGGCAAGGCGAAUAUUUUGCUUCUGGUGGAAGUGAUUCACAGGUAUUGGUCUGGAAGACAAAUUUUGAUAGUAUUCCUUACAAAGAAGUUUUGAAAAGCAAUAUUGUGAGAACAAAUCCUGAACCCCCUCCUCACAUUACUGACAUUCACCCAAGAAUUCCUCACCGGCAUACUUCCAGAUCUCAAACUAUACAGAUUAAUCCCAGGACUGAUGUAGCUGAUAUGCAAACAUCCGAUCCAGUGGUGAUGGACGUUGGAAGAGGCUUUGUCCCUAAUCCCCGGUCAAGACCAGUGGAAACAAACUGGGGCUCACUCUUAACAGACCAGGUGAGCAAUUCCAUUGAUCCUCCUUUGAUGCCAGCCAGCUCCCAGAGAAUGGACCCAGCUAAUAGUGAAUCCACAACCCACUCCCAAAGAGACCACACAAGUAUCCCAUCGGAACUUACCAGAACAUUGGGGCGCAUUGUGGAGCAACUGGACGUUUUAACCCAGACUGUGUCGAUCUUAGAACAGCGUUUAACAUUGACCGAAGACAAGCUCCAGGAGUGUCUAGAUAACCAAAGGACUACACUGCAAGAAAGGCCACCCUAGUUAAACAUGAAAAGCUUCAAGAGAUCUGGACUUUGAGUCUCCUAUAUUUAAAUGUGGCUUCCUAUUGAAAAUAAGGCUCCAACAUCGACCUUUUCUGUACUUAUGGAAUACGGGUUCCACUUGGAUAUGACUGGGUCCUGGCACUGAACCUUGAAACAGCUUCUACCAAGUCUUUAUCCUAUUUGAUUAUCCUCGUGUGCAUAAUGCUUCCUAACAUUUGAUUUCCACAGAAUAUGUGGAGUGAAUUGAACACCUGAGUGCUUCUCAAUCAUGGGAUUUCCUUUCCAAUGCAGAUCAACUCUUUCAUAUGGAGAGUACAAGGCUAUACAUUGCAUCAUAUGGCGCAUACAAGAAUAUAUAUUCAGACUCAUGUAAUCAAGGAGAAAGUGCGUCUGAAUGUGACUAAUUUUCCACGUGUUUCUACACAACUACUUGAAAAACUCACUUUAAAGUUUUGUAUAGAUUUGUAAGAUUGAAAUUAAUGAAAGAUUUUGUAUUAUGUGUCAUAAGCUAGUGGUGUUUCUAUAAAACACUUCUUUUAA